GAGAGUCAAAUCAACCUUUUAAAUACGAAGCUAUCCGAGGAACAGGAAAAAAUCAUCGCACUGGAAAACUACUCUCGCCGAGAGAAUCUCCGAUUUAUGAAUAUACCGGAGCAAGAACACGAGAACUGCACUGACACCGUUUAUGAUAUCGUCGAGAACGGGUUGAACAUAAACACACAGAAUAUAUACUUUCAUGCUGUCCACAGAGUCGGUAAGCCACGUUCGCCUGAGGACUCCCAUCACCAUCCCCGACCCAUCAUUGCGCGUUUUCUCUGCAGGGAAGAUAGGGACCGUGUUUUUAAAGCGAAAGGAAGAUUGAGACACUCGACGGAUUAUCCAGACGCGUAUAUAACUAAAGACUAUGCAAAGGCGAUACAGCUUGAAAGAAAGGAACUAAUUAAAGCGAUGUUCAUAGCGCGGAAGAAAGGCAUGAGCGCGAAAGUAGUGGACAGAAAUCUAGUAAUAAAUGAUAACGUUUAUCAUGUUGGUAACAUACCCGACGAACUUAAACCUGCAGCUGAAUCUACACGCUCGUAGAAGUUUUCUUUACUCAGGUCAGUGUAAUUCGAUUUUUCUCAGUUGCCUUUGCAUUAAUUGCUAUGGCAACCUUUAAGACCGAGACUAGUACUCCACGUUUGCUUCGCCGCUUGCACACAACGGAUUCUUUCCUUUUUGUAUAUUGUUCUAAAGUUAAACUAUUUGGCGUUCCGUCCUUUCCGGAUUCGUCGAUCUUUCUGUUUGAAGGUAUGUUCUCCCUAAGCCGCUUAAAUUUUACCUUUUUUUUUGUUUUUGUUUAUAGUUUUAUGUUUCCAUUGUAGCCGUUGUUUUGGUUUUUCGGUCAGUAGAAAAUAUUUUUCAGUCCUACGAAGUGUUAACUAUCGCAAUUUGCAUUUUGUUUCUGCAUUCCAGUUCACUACUUUUAAUCAUCAACAAGUUCCCAAUUGACGAAUUGAUAAUCUGUUCUCUUAAUGUGAGGGGCUUAUCCAACAACCUUAAGAGGCGAGAAACCUUUCGUUGGCUUAGAUUGAAAAAAUUUGGAAUAUUCUUUCUUCAAGAAGUCCACUGCACCAAAGAAAAAGAACGACUGUGGUCAUCAGAAUGGGGCUUCUCAGCUAUUUUUAGUAGUGUUUCUAGCUCAAGUGCAGGGGUAUGCAUCCUGUUUAACAACAAUUUUCAAUUCGAAAUCAAGAAACAAUUUUCUGAUCCAGAUGGAAGAUUUAUUUUAGUAGAUUUUGAAACUUGAAAAUAAGACUAUAACCUUGGGAAACAUUUAUGCGCCAAACGAUGACAAUCCGAAUUUUUUUAAAAACGUUCUCAGCCACCUCCUCUCUUUCGAGUGCGACGACAUUAUCCUGGGUGGCGAUUUUAAUCUAGUAUUGGACGUCCAAAAUGAUAAGAAGGGAGGAAGACUGACCACUCACAAAAAUUCUUUGAAGGAAGUUCAGAACAUAAUAAAUUCGCUAGACCUUAUCGACAUUUGGCGGGUCUCCAAUCCGGAUAUCAGAAGAUUCACUUGGAGAAGAAGCAAACCCGAAAUUCAUUGUCGCUUAGACUUUUUCCUGACGAGUAAUAGUCUAAAGCUGAUAUUUUACCAGGGUACAAAACAGACCAUUCUUUGAUAACGCUCCACCCUGCAAACAAUACCAAUCCCAGGGGCCCGGGCUUCUGGAAGUUAAAUACGUCUUUUCUAUCAGACAGUGAAUAUAUUAAUUUGAUAAAAACAACAAUCACUGAAGUUGCAAAUGAAUACCAAAAUAACACUGAGGUUGAUGCCGUGCUCCUCUGGGAUACAAUGAAGAUGCAAAUUCGUUCAAAGUCAAUACAAUACGCAAAACAUAAGAGAGGCAAAAUGAAGUUAACAGAAACAAAUCUGGAGUCUGUCAUAACGUCCCUACAGAGGAAACUGGAAGAAAAUGACUUAUCUGAAACCAACAAGACCACUAUAUAUAAUGAAUUAGAAGUUAAAAAAUUACAGUUAGAAAACGUUGUCCAGCGUCAAACUCGAGGAGCCAUGAUAAGAUCCAAAGCCCGCUGGCAUAACGAAGGAGAAAAAAACACGAAAUACUUCUUAAACUUGGAAAAAAGGCAUUUUAAUACCAAAACCAUAAGGCAACUUCAGCUUGAGAAUAGU